UAAAAAAAACACGGAAGUGCUUUGUUUUUGUUACACAGCCAGCUGUCAGAUGCCCCUUUAGGCUGCACAUUUCCUGUUAAAUCUGCUAUUCAAUCAGCCAGAGGUCGACGUGGGAGCCGAGCCGUCAUCAUGGUGGAGCCCACCGCAUCUGGCGUGUUCUGUAACAGGAUGCUGAGCAUGGUGAACUCCGAGGACGUUAACGCCAUCAUCCAGGCUCAGAGACACAUGCUUGACCGCUUCGAGAAAACCAAUGAAAUGUUGAUCAACUUCAACGGGCUGUCCAACGUGCGACUGCAACAGAUGAACGAGCGCUUCCUGCUCCACACUCGCACCCUUGUGGAGAUGAAGAAAGAUCUAGACAGCGUCUUCAGGAGGAUCAGGACACUCAAAGGGAAGAUUUCUAAGCAGUACCCAGAAGCUUUCAGCAAUAUCCACGAGUCACCCAUCCUGGAAGACGAUGAUGGUGAGUUUGACCCAGUUCCCCCCAGUGCUGCCACAACAAUCACAACAGCCACCUGGGAGCAGAGCACAGAGUCCUGUGACACAAGUCCAGAUGUUAUCUCACCCACUGUGAGCAGAUGCUCUGAAGAUCUCUCUCAAGAGCUGCCUGACACGCCCACCUCCGAUGUCCUAGAGACAGCCAUCCUAUUGGACGAGGGUCCUGACUCUGUACCUGCAGAAUAGAGCGAGCAGUAUGUGAAUGAUUUCAGCCUCUUGAGCUUCACCCUUAAAACUUUUAGCAGGAGGUUAUGUUUUAUAUUUGAGUUUGUGUUGACCUCUACAAUAUCUACUGACUUUUCCAGUCAUCGGUGUAUCUGCUGAGAAGAGCGUCACCACCUUGAUGUUAAAUUGCGGCUAUGAACUGUCUAUGAGGACGCUGGAUUUUUGUUGGCAUGCUUAUUUGUCCUAUGCCUGCACAGCACUAAAAUAAUGCACAUAAUACUUGAAGUUGUAUAGUAUCUCACUAUAGAUGUAUAUCUUAAGUACUGACAGUAAUACUGAGCAAAAGCCCUUUAGAAGCACAUAAAAAAAUUGUUUGAAGAGAUGCUCACCUGAAUGAAGGAAGACAUCCCUCAUUAUUUAUGUCCUAUGAAAGACAACAUUUAAUGUUCUCACCAUGAAAAAUAGUAGAUAGGGUUUGAGAGUAGUUACUACUGUUAUUGUCAUACUAUUACAAUAGUAUCGUACUGUUGCAUUGUUAUUCUAUGGGCCCCUGUUAAAACCAGGAAAUAUGUUUGUUCGUGUAGUCAUGAAUGUUUUCAGCAGCAUUUAAUCUGAUGCUUUACUGAUCCUUGCCAAGAAAUUCUCUCGUUGUUUUCCACCUCCAUCGCUAGGAAGCCAGGGGUUUAACUGUGUGUCAGUGAUUCAGCAAACUAUUCAAGGUCACGUGAGCAGGGUAGAGGCUCUUUGAUACAGGAGCUGGAAACCAGGUUGUGUGCGUGCAGGAUCCAAUCACUCCUCUCUCCAUUAAAGAGGCCGUUUUGGUGUAAAAGGGAAAGGCCAUCUUAUAAUGUACUACUAAUAGUUAUUUAUUCCAUAUUUGUAAAUCAGUUUUUAUUUGUUUUUAUUUGUGUAUUUGAAAGAUGAUAAUCUUGAGAAGCAUAAAGACAGAGUAUGGUGAUCAAAGUUGACACUCCAUCAUAAUAAAAAUGUAAUAAGAAUAAUUGUAUUGACUCCACUGUCCAAAAUCUAUUUAUACAGCGGAUUUUCCCUCAAUGUGAGACUUGGGAUUGUGUCUAUAAAAAUGUCUUUGGCUCAAGUAUAUGAACAAUGUCUUUGACAAACGGUGUUUAAACAGUGUUUGGAAAUGUGGGCUCCUAAAUACAAAUAUCAACUGAGUUGAGAGGACCAUGACGUGAGAC